UUUCAGGUAAUCCAUCAAAAUGCCUAGAUCAAUCGCGAAAUUAUUUGAUCCAAAGCGUAGACGUGUGGAAGAGGAAAAACCGGAAGAUGAUGAUCGUCUACAGGCUCAAAAGGUGAAACUUACAGAGCCAGAAGAUUUCGCUCACACCGGAAAUCUUACAGUUAACCAAGAUGUGAAACUUGAAAAGCCGGAAGAAGUGCGUCGUCCAACAAAAGCUGAAGAAGCUUCAACCGUAGUUCUUCUUGACUCCUCGUCGACCUCUUCAUCUUCUUCUUCUUCCAAUCAGAACAUGAGAUCAACUUGUGAACCAACAAAGUCGAGACCGGAAUUGACACGAGAUGGCAUGUGGUCGCCACUUGGCUUCGCAAAAACCUUUUUGUACGAUUACGAACGAGGUGUUCCUUUCGAUAGAGAAACUUGUGAGGAGAAUAUCAAAAUUCUCCAAAGAGAGGACAGAGAUGUCGACUAUCGUGAAUUUCUCACAAUGGCAGAGAAGUUUAAUGAGGAGGGGCAGUCUUUAUGGGCAAGAGCAUGUGUUAACAUGGCGGCAUCCACUCAUCAGAUGAACGAGAACCUCAGAAAGAUCAGGCAGCUCGAGCGUACUGAAACGGAUCAAGCUUCAAGCUCACAGUCCUAAAUACUUUGUUUCUUUUUGUUAUUUUCUGAAAUAAAAGUAUGUUGUUGA